AUGACUACUGACAACAAUCAACAGCCACUACUUAACUAUUGUAAAAAAUACAUUCCAGAACCACACAUCACAAAAUGGUUCAAUAUCAUUAGUAAUGGAUAUUCUGAACCACAUCGAUACUAUCACGGAUUAAAUCAUAUCACAAGAAUCAUUGUCUAUGAUCCAAAGAAGUUCAACAAUAAUGAAGAACAGAGUAUAAAACUAUUUGACGAGUAUGCACAAGAAGUCGAAUUGACUGCAACAGAAAGGGACCACGUUUCACUUUUUAUCGCUGCGACAAUUCAUCAUGAAUUGCCAUUAUUCACGAUUACCAAUAAUAGAGACGGUGAUGAUGAUGAUUGCGAACUAGACAUCAAAGAAGAUUUGAAAUUGUUUUUGGAUCUCGAUUUGGAAGUACUAAGUUGGGAACCUGAUGAAUACGAUAAAUACGCAAAACAAAUACGACAAGAAUACAUUCACUAUUCAACCGAGGACUUUUCGAUCGGUCGUGCAAAAGUACUCGAAAAAUUUCUCGCGCGUGAUAAUUUAUAUUUGUCUCGAGUAUUUUUGGAAGAACGUGGUGGAUGUGAAAUGGAUGCCCGUAAUAAUUUGAUACGCGAAAUUCGAGAAUCACUUCCACCAAGAAGUCCAAGUCCUUCAUUUCCUUCUUCGUCUUCUUUCGGAAAUAAUCAUCGAAGUAGAAUAGCCGGAUAUACAACAUACCAAUCAAAUCCAUUAAUGCAACUUCGCCCAGGGUCGCAAACUACAAUUGAUUGCCCAUCAACGUUGCCACUAACAUCAAUACAAACGUCAUCAACGUAUUCAAACAUCAGAGGAAUAUCAUCUUUUGAUAAUUUUGAAAGUAAUAAAAAAGCUGUUCGAUCAAAAUCCCCCGAAUCAUUUAUUCUUUCUGGUACAAUUCCUACUUUACCAAAUAAUUCACAACAAUCAAAUCGUCGUAGAUCUUUAAGCCUUUAUUAUCCACCACCCUCCGAAUAUCACCCACAAGUUACCCGAGAACAAGAAUUGAGCAGAUAUACUCAUGUUAAUAGCAGCAAAAUAAAUAAUGCAAUUCCACUAUCAAAACGAAGUUUAACUGGAUAUGCCAAAUUAACAUCACGUGACUCUGUAAGUUACGAAAAUCAGCCAAAAUUAUGUAAAUUUUGUCAAGAAGGCGAAGAUUGUGUGGGUGAAAAGAUCACGAUCAAAGGAUCAAAAUACAUAACCAAAGGUCGAUUAUUCUCGACAUGCAAAUGUAAUGGACCAAUGAAAUAUGUUCAUGUUGGAUGUCUAGAACUUUGGCGUAAUACUGGGAUACGUCAAGAAGCUUCAUAUCGAUGUGAGAUUUGCGAAUACGAAUACAAGUUUUAUCGAACUCGCAUCGCAAAAAUCCUAUCAAGUUGGAUUCUUGCACACUUUUUGUCAAUUCUGACAUUACUUGGAUUAUUUUUCGCCUUUUCAUGGAUGACAAAAAUAUUCGAUCACACAAUCAGGAAUGAGAAAUCGGAUUUGAAUGACACCUAUUUUAUUCACCGGAAAAUUGAAUUUUUAAAUUUAGCAAAUUGGAAUUGGAUUGCUGGAUUACUUGCCAUUUCAAUUAUCGGGCUACUUUUUCUCACGUACCACAGUUGGCGAUAUGGAUUUCGAAGUACACGUGAAUUAUAUUUUGGCGGAGGAGGCAGGAUUUGUAAUUGUGGUCACGUAUCGUUUAUACUUUUUAUUGUGUUUUUAGUGUUUGGAUCUGUAAGUGGGUCAUAUUUAUUAUUUCAACGUUUUAUCAGUUGGUUUAUGAAAAGAAUCGAGGAUGUUGUAUUACAGGUGUCAAAAUCACAAUUUAGGUAUACGUAG